AUGGGCGAGUUGAACGGGCGCCGCGGCAUGUUCCCCAGCAACUUCUGCCAGCCCUACAGCGGCGGUGGCGGACACACCAGUGCGCCUCAGGGCGGACAAGAGGGGUACUACGAGGGCGGCGAGGGCGGCGACGGGGCGGCCGCGUACGAGGAGACCCCAUCGCCGCGCGUCAUGGGCGUUCCGCUCUUCGGCGGCGCCGGCCAGUCCAACGAGCUCAUGGAGAAGCUCAAGCGGAGGACGCAAGCGAUACCGAAGGAGGCAACGCCGGGUCGCACGGCGGGCUCGCCUCCGCCCGUGGCUGCGCGCAACUAUCCGACGUCGCCCGCCGUCGGCGCCGGCGGCCCUGCGGCCUUGGGCUCGGCGCCCGUCGGCUUUGGCGGCCUGCGCGCCAGCGCCCCCUCCGCCGCACAAAGCGUCCGCGUCACGCCCGCCGAACGACGCACUGCCGCGGGACCGGCCGGGGUGCUGUCGCCGCCGGUUGCGGCGCGGGGUGCGCCGGCAGCGGCGCCGGCGGUGGCGGAGCCGCCGGCCAAUGCCCGGGCGAGCGUGCGGACGACGACGACCAACCUGCGCGAUCGGCUGCGCGAGUCGGCCUCCCCGCCCAGCAUUCCCGCCGCCGCGGCCGCGGCCGAACCGUCGAUUGGUCCCGGCAAGCUCCGGCGAACGAAGGAGGCCAGCGCCGAAGCGCCCCAGCUCGCGCGCCCCGAA